AUGGGGAAGGAUUACACAAAGCGGAUUAGUCUGCUGAGCAUAAAUUCACAAGAGGCGGAUCACAAUCUGAAGGAACACGUGCCGCUAUUACAUCGUGGACCCCCACUCUUGGACCCCAUUCUUCGAGCCCAUGCUGAUCCGAAGGCAAGGCUUCUUACCCCAAGGUUCUUGCCCCAUUUUCCUUUCAAGCUGGAUACAGUCAAGCUGGAUACAGUCAAGCUGGAUACAGUCAAGCUGGAUACAGUCAAGCUGGAUACAGGCAAGCUGGAUACAGUCAAGCUGGAUACAGGCAAGCUGGAUACAGGCAAGCUGGAUACAGUCGAGCUGGAUACAGUCAAGCUGGAUACAGGCAAGCUGGAUACAGGCAAGCUGGAUACAGUCAAGCUGGAUACACUGGAUACAGGCAAGCUGGAUACAGGCAAGCUGGAUACAGUCAAGCUGGAUACAGGCAAGCUGGAUACAGUCAAGCUGGAUACAGAUACAGUCAAGCUGGAUACAGGCAAGCUGGAUACAGUCAAGCUGGAUACAGGCAAGCUGGAUACAGUCAAGCUGGAUACAGGCAAGCUGGAUACAGUCAAGCUGGAUACACAAGCUGGUACAGUCAAGCUGGAUACAGUCAAGCUGGAUACAGUCAAGCUGGAUACAGUCAAGCUGGAUACAGUCAAGCUGGAUACAGUCAAGCUGGAUACAGGCAAGCUGGAUACAGUCAAGCUGGAUACAGGCAAGCUGGAUACAGUCAAGCUGGAUACAGUCAAGCUGGAUACAGUCAAGCUGGAUACAGUCAAGCUGGAUACAGGCAAGCUGGAUACAGGCAAGCUGGAUACAGUCAAGCUGGAUACAGUCAAGCUGGAUACAGUCAAGCUGGAUACAGUCAAGCUGGAUACAGUCAAGCUGGAUACAGUCGAGCUGGAUACAGUCAAGCUGGAUACAGUCAAGCUGGAUACAGUCGAGCUGGAUACAAAGCAGCUACAGGUGACCAACAUUACGACUUUUACUACCCUUAACUUGUGCCUCAUUUCAUUACCGUGGUCUUAA